CGUUUCAAUAGGGGCUGAAGUGACCUACUUUGUGGCGCGACUUUUAAGCAAUCAAUAGUGCGUUGAUUGCUAUGGCUUCUCAAAUGUGCGGUGGUUUAGGUCUUCCACGAUUGAAAGCCAGCCAGUAAAUUGGUAGACGUCAGUUGAGAGGUAACAUGGAGCGAUGGCGCAACAAAGUGGCCGUGGUGAGCGGAGCCAGUGCCGGCAUUGGUGCGGCUUGCACUAGGGCCCUAAUCUCCGCCGGAAUGGUGGUCGUUGGUCUGGCGAGGAGGCACGAACGCGUGGAGUUGCUCCGGAAGGAUCUGAGUCCUGAGGAGCAAUCCCGUCUCCAUGCAAUAAAGUGCGACAUUACGGAUGAGGAUCAGGUAUUGAAGGCCUUCGACUGGACGCAACGAGAACUGGGCGGCGUGGACGUCUUAGUCAGCAAUGCCGGUAUCAUAGGCACCGGGGAACUAAGUGAGAGGAAUGAUGGAGCAGCCAUGCGGACCACCGUUGAGACAAACAUCAUGGGCACCGUUUACUGCGUCCGCGAGUCCUUUCAUUCGAUGAGGAAGCGCGGGGGCGAGGGUCACGUGGUCAUCGUGAACAGUGUGGCGGGUCACCAGGUGCCCAAUUUGGGUCCCCAACUGCCAUCCCUCAACAUUUAUCCGGCCACAAAGUUCGCACUUCGCGCCAUGAACGAGAUCUACCGCCAGGAGUUCCAACGCCACAAAACUCCUGUGAGAGUUUCGACCGUCAGUCCCGGCAUAGUUGAUACGGACAUCUUGCCGGACCAGAUCCAGGGUAUCAUAAAACAGCACAUGCCCAUGCUGCGAAGCGAGGACGUCGCGGAUGCGGUUCUCUGGGCCAUCGGCACUCCGCCCAACGUCCAGGUGAAUAACAUAACCAUCAAGCCCCAAGGUGAAAAGUUUUAAUCUCGGUUCUACAAAACUGGAAACAGCAAUCGGAAAAUAUAUGAAAAAAAUAUAUAAAGAUUUAUUUUAAUAAACAUAUUUUGUUUUAACUAAUAAGAUUUACA